AUGUUCGCACGCACUGUCCGACCCGCUGUCAAUGUCGCUCGUGUUGCCCAGCAACAAAGCCAAGGAAUGGCUACUCUUAGAGAGAUUGAGCAAAGAUUAAAAUCAGUCAGAAACAUUGAAAAGAUCACCAAGUCAAUGAAAGUCGUCGCUUCUACUAAACUCACUCGAGCUGAAAGAGCUAUGCGAGAAGCCAAGAAAUACGGUGCUGCCAACAAUGAACUCUUCAAACACACCGAAACUGAAGGUGCUGAAGAACAACCCAAAAUCCUUUACGUUGGUAUCUCAUCUGAUGGUGGUUUAUGUGGUGGUAUUCAUUCAUCAAUUACUCGAGCUAUCAAAAAAGAGAUGGCCACAAACCCAGGUACCAUAGCUGUUGUAGGUGAUAAACCAAAAGCUCAAUUGGCAAGAUUCGCACCUCAAGCUAUUAAGGUUUCAUUCAACUCUGUCGGUAAAGAUGUACCUACUUUUGCUGAAGCUUCUGCUAUCGCCGAUGAGAUCGUUAAGAACGGUGGUGAAUGGGAUGAGAUCAAAAUCGUUUCAAACAAAUACCUCUCUGCUAUCUCUUACGAAUCAGGUGUGACCUCUGUCAUUUCAGCCAAAGCUCUUCAAGCUGCCGCUGGAUUCCAAGCAUACGAAAUGGAAGAAGAUGUUUCUAAAGAUCUUGCCGAGUUCGCUCUCGCCAACGCUGUCUACACUGCUCUUGUUGAAGGUCACGCCGCUGAGAUUUCAGCUAGACGAACUGCCAUGGAGAAUGCUUCUAACAACGCCAACGACAUGAUGGCUUCUCUUCAACUUCAAUACAACAGAGGUCGACAAGCUGUUAUCACCAACGAACUCAUCGAUAUUAUCACUGGUGCUUCCGCUUUGUAA